CGACCUCGAUUUGGACCGUACACAGAGGAUUCCCAUAAAAACUGACAUGCAGAGUACCUUUGCAUUUUAUCUUCAUCAUAUUUUAUUAAAGUAAUUUAACUCAAAACUGCAACACAUAAUCUUAUAAUAUCUGAGCAUUUGUGAAUUAUUUGCAUUGAAAUCUGAGAUUAAUUAGAUAAGUUCACAGCCACGUUGACAGGUCGGCAAGUUGCCUGUCACUCAAAUCGGAGACGGGAGACAACUUGAGUGUGUCAGGUGUAUUUGAUAAGAAAUUAAGAAAGUUUUAACUGAACAACAUGAGAGUUAGAUUCCGAAGGAGCUUGUUAAUUAAACUGGGCGUUCUGACACUGGUGUUACUGUUCACUAUCCCGUACUUUGUGAGCAAGUUAGACAAUUCAAGCAGACAGGAGAGCCUGAAGUACAGAUCUUGGAAUAAGUUGGCAAAUGAUGUUAAGGAAAUGUUACCAUUCAAUGAUCCAAAGAAGAAUGUGAUUGCAAAUCCAUUAGAAUUACCAGGAUCUGCUAAUGAUUCAUCAGUGCACAAAGUUUAUGGUCCAAAGAGUGUCCUGAGGAAAGGUGUACUAGGAAACUAUGAGCCAGACUAUAAGAUCAGUCAUGGGCCUGGUGAGGGUGGUCAACCAGUGUUUACAACAAUGGAGGAGAAAUCGGCUGCUGACAGAUCUACUCACGAGUUUGGGUUUAAUAUGGUCAACAGUGACAAGAUAUCACUGGAUAGAACUAUACCAGAUACUAGGAUGGAUGAAUGUAAAUACUGGCAGUAUCCAGAGAAAAGCAAGUUACCAACAGCUAGUGUUAUACUGGUGUUCCAUAAUGAAGGUUGGUCCACUCUGAUACGUACUGUACAUAGUGUGGUCAACAUGUCCCCACCGGAACUCCUCAAAGAAGUUGUCAUGGUGGAUGAUUUCAGUGAUAAAGAACACUUGAAGGGCAAGUUAGAUGACUAUGUGAAAGAGUACAACAAAAAGCACAAUAAUGUUGUGAAAGUGUACAGAAAUAGUGAACGUUUAGGUCUGAUACGAACUAGAACUCGAGGGGCAGAGCUGUCGACAGGAGAUGUGAUAGUGUUCCUGGAUGCUCACUGUGAGUGUAACAGGAACUGGUUGGUCCCUUUACUGAGCAGGAUUGCAUAUGACAGAACAAUUAUGACCGUCCCAAUAGUAGAUGGUGUAAACUGGGAUAAUUUUGCAUAUGCCUCGGUAUACGGUCCAGCCACAGCACAUCACAGAGGCAUCUUUGAGUGGGGAUUUCUGUAUAAGGAAAGCCAGGUCCCUCAAAAAGAGUUACAAAGAAGGGACCAUAAUAGUGAACCUUACAGAGCACCUACACAUGCUGGUGGAUUAUUUGCAAUUGACCGUAAAUACUUUUUUGAGAUGGGUGCCUAUGAUGAAGGCCUUCAGAUCUGGGGUGGUGAAAACUUUGAACUUUCAUUUAAGAUCUGGCAAUGUGGUGGCAGUAUUGAAUGGGUGCCGUGUUCCAGAGUGGGCCAUGUUUAUAGAAACCAUAUGCCGUAUGGUUUUGGUAAAAUUGAUGUUAAAAUCCCUGUUAUAUUGUUGAAUUAUAUGAGAGUGGUUGAAGUGUGGCUGGAUGAUGAAUUUAAGGAAUAUUUUUAUACAAGAGAACCAAGUGUUAGAGGGUACCCUAUAGGAGAUAUAGCAAAACAGUUACAGUUUAAAAAAGACCAUAAAUGCAAAAGUUUUAAAUGGUUUAUGGACAAUGUAGCAUAUGAAGUAUAUGAUAAAUUUCCAGUUUUACCACCAAAUAAAGCUUGGGGAGAGUUUAAACAGAAGAAGGGUAUGUUAUGCUGGGACACGCUGGGCCAGUCAGUGGGUGGAGGACCUAUAGGAGUCAGUCAUUGCCAUCACUUUGGUGGUAACCAGAUGUUCAGACUGAAUGUUAAAGGUCAAUUGGGUGUUGGAGAAAGAUGUAUUGAGGCCCCAUCAGGAGAUACACUACACAUGAGUUUCUGUGAUACACAACCAGAGGGUCCCUGGCAAUGGGAUGAGAGAACUGGCCUUAUCGAGAACACAAACUACAACAGAUGUGUAGAGGCCGGUCAAGAAAACAAACUGCAUUUAGUCCGUUGUGAACCAGAUAAGACUUCACAGAUGUGGACAGUAAAUGAAAUAAAGACCUGGCAGAGAUGAUGAUAUGUUACAAUUCUAUCUUGACAGCAGCUGCAGUGGUUAGCUUGUUCAUCUCGAGAAGGAACUUUGUCAUCCUUACAUUCUGUGUUACAUUUGAUAGUGCACCAAGUGUUUUCAUUGUGUUAGUAUUCAAGUCAUUGAAAUGGUUUUACACACUGCUAUGAAACAUAUAUUAUUCAUAUGUUAUGUAGUCUUACACUGGUGUUUUUACAGUGUCAGACUCAAAUAUUAAUGGCUGUUGCUGAUAAAGUUACUUACGUUAAUUGAGCCGCACCAUGAUAAAAACCAGCAUAGUGCAUUUGCUACCAGCAUAAGAUCCAGAUCAGCCUGCGCAUCAGUCUGGUCAGGAUUCAUACUGUUCGCUAACAGUUUCUCUAAUUGCAAGAGGCUUUGAAAGCAAACAGCAUAGAUCCUGACCAGACUGCGUGGAUUCGCAGGCUGGUCUGGAUCCAUGCUGGUCGCAAACGCACUAUGUUGGUUUUCUCUUGGUGCGGCUCAAUUUAUUCAUUUUGCUGUUUGAUUUCACACUUUUCGGCAUUUUUCUGAAGUGUAACAAUAUAUCACUUUCUAAUAAACUCUCUUGCUUAUGAACUUCAACAAUAUUAUUUGACCUUUUCUGUUUGAAGUUUUUCUAGAAUUAUGUCUUGUGGGAAUGUAGUAUUGAUGUAGGCUUUAAAUAUUUUAAAUGAUAGAAAGAAAGUUAAAAAUUUCAUAGAACUAAUUUACUUUUAUGACCAACCAUAUUGACAUCAUGGCAUUAUUCCGGGAGUUUAAUGGUUAAAUUUUGUUAAAUCUGCUGAAAAGACAUGAAAGGAAAAAGUAAAGAUUUUUGUUAUUUUUCAUGCAAAGUCAGAAAUGUAUAUUUCACACAUAAUACAAGGCUUUAUAUCAUCUUACAUUUCGCUAUUCCAUACAAAUACUGCAUCUGGUGUCCACUUGAUGACAGAUAUAUCAUCUUACACCCACAGAAAACAAAUACCCGUCUAUUGCUAGAACAUCUGUUACAGAACAUAUGAUACAUGAUACACUGUCCUGUUCAAGAUUGUAAAUUGCAUUUAUUAACUAAAGGUGUAGAUUUACUAAUUAUUCAAACAAAAUAUGUCAGCAACAGAUGUUACACAGUAGUUAAUGUCCUGACUUUUACCAUGUCACUCAAAUAGAUAUUCAACAUUUCCAGUCUGUGUUUUUUUAUCAGUUUUGUUUUUGAUAUGUAAAAAGUAAUAUUUGAGUUUUUAAUUAGAUUUUUUACUGUUUUAAUGAAACUGCAUUUUACCCUUUACAUUCUCUGUUAAAAUUGUUAACAGUUUAAGACAUUUACGUUGUAUAAAAAUACAGUAGAGAAAUGACACACAUACAAAUAUUGUUAACCUGUUAGAGGAGCAUACUCCUGUUUAUAUUUUGAGUCUCAAACAUACGUUUUUCAUUUUAUCUAGAUAAUUGAGGGCUCGUUGCAAAACUAGCUUAUGUGUAUAUAACUAAAGGAGCCCAUAGACGAGUUCCAUAUUGAGCCCUAAAUAUGAUAAUACAUGAAAACUGUUUAAUUCAACCAUUAUGUGCAUUGAAGGCAGAUUAACUUUUUAGUGAUCAUUUGCGUAGUUUGAUUUAUAAAGUAAGUAGAUAUAUUCUGUAAUAAAACACAAAGGGUAACCCAGAUACAUGUUAACAGUCUUGUUCAUACAGUGUUCUGCUCUGAGUUGUAAAUCACAAAAGUCUGAUUUAGAUACAUUUUUUUAUUAUAAUCCUUAAAAUAAGUAUAACAAAAGAAUUUUUUAUGUAAAUGUGAAAUGUUGUGGAGUACUCAUUUGUUACCUGGUGAAGAGAGAAUGGUAUAACCACUGUAGUUGUUGCACCUGUCCUGUCUGCGACAUGUUUCACCUGUCUGUGACAUGGUGCAGUAA